UGAACGGCUUGUGAAUUCAGGAACGAAUAAAAUGAUAAACUGAAGACAUAAACAUGAAUUUCAAAAUAUUGAGUGCAUUUAUUUCGGUGGUUUUCACCAUAGUUUGGGCGAAGGACAAUUGUCUUUCUCAGAAAUCGAACUCCAAACUGUUCUGUUAUUACAGUAAAUUGACGGAUGUCGAAGGUUGUGGUUGUAGUCAUGUAAUUUUACCAUCGGACACUGACGUGAAAUCGAUUGAAAGGUUUAGGGAUGUAAUGAAAGGUGUCAAAGUUCUAAUCAACGUCAACGAAUUUAACCAGGGAUUGGUGGAUUUGUUAAAGACUAGCAAAGUGGAUGGUUUAGAGAUAAGCUUAAGGAAACUGGAUUCGAAGAACGACAUAAGCGAUUUCAUAUCGACUGUACGAACAAAACUUGGGUCGGAUUUGCAAAUCGUACUUUCCGUACCUCCGAAAAAUGAAAUCUUAGCCAAAUAUUUCGAUUUCAAAACACUGAGCAAAAAUACUGAUCAUUUCAUCCUUCAAACUUCAUUUUUGGGGGCCAACAAAAACACCACUUUUCAUCCGAGCCGUUUGUCUGGAUUAUGGGACAUGCAAAACACUGAUUCCGUGGUCGAUUUGGUAACUGGUUUGGGAGCUCCUCUUUCCAAACUGGUCAUAACCCUUCCCGUACAAGGCUUCCAUUUUAAACUCCAAAAUUCUAAAUUCACAACACCAGGAAGUCCCGCUUUAGAAGUCAAAUCCAUCACCAGAGAUGAAUUAUGCGGACUCAUGAAGAACGGUAAAAACUGGACCUUGGAAAGAGAUGAAGAUCAAGCUGGGCCAUACAUUUUCAGUGAAAAUGAUUGGGUGGCGUUUGAAGAUGCGACAAGUGUGAAUAUAAAAGCAAAAUAUUCGAGAAUCCGUGGAUUGGCUGGUAUUGCCUUGAAGGACGUCUCCCAAGAUGGGGGAUCGAAAUGCGAGUCUACGAUUCUGGAAGCCGCCUACAAUGGACUUUCAAAACAGGCUCGUGCUCCCAGAGGCGCUGUCCUUCAUUCCUUAGAAAGAGAGAUCAUCGAGAGUCCCGCUCGUUCAUUAGACAACAUACAAAUAUCUCCGUACAGGAUUUCCAGAGUUGUGGACGUUGAGGGACAUGUUCACAUCGUCAAAAAGGAUACGAGAACGGAGUUUGAGUGUUCUCGACAAGGUUACUUCGUACAUCCACGUUCCUGUAACAGAUUCUACAGGUGCGUAAAGUUCGAUCAAUAUUCGGACGAGUUCAGCGUCUUUGAAUUCGACUGUCCCGCUGGCUUAGCCUUCGACGAACAUGUCGAGGUUUGCGUGUGGCCCGGAAGUCUUCCUCAUGCUUCUGCUUGUUCGGGAAGUAGUGAAAUUGCUCCAGUGCCAAAGAACCGGUUUGUUUGCCCAGAACAACCAGGAUAUUAUGCAGACCUUGAAAAUUGUCGGUGGUUCUUUGCCUGUUUAGACCAUGGAAACUCUCCUCUAACAGCCUACGAAUUCAGAUGUCCCUUCGGAUUGGUUUUUGAUCAAGACCGUUUGAUUUGCGAAUGGCCAUGGUUCGUUCCCAAAUGUGCAAAUGGUGAAGGUUUCAGUCGCAACAUUGUUACUCAAGAUUUCUACGGUUCCGGAUACGUCUUAGAUCAAUAUGAUGGUUUGAGCAGUCUUGGACCCGUUAAACUUGGAGGUCUAAGUGGAACCAUCACCCAACCUGUUGCUAAAGUUUACAGUAAUGUUGAAGGCUCUACUUUAGAACUCGGCUUGUCGAAGAAUGCACGCUUGUCUUUAGUUAACGCCGGACUGCUUAAAACUGUGUCUGCAGGUUUCGCUUUGAAUAGUUUUCCGAAGGAUUCAUUCGGACAAUUCAAUUCUAAGAGCUAUGGUAACGGUGCAGAAGUUGCGGGAGUUGGUUCUGAUAAAUAUUACUCGUCUGGUUCUCAAAUUUCUGGAUUUAGUAAUGAAGGUUUUGCCGAAUUAAAUGGUGUUGUUGGAAGUUCCUCGGGUCAAUAUUAUUAUCAAAAUGGAGGAAAACUCAUUGGAGAAGCUGGUAUUGGUAACGAGGGUUCUGUCGGCUUAAAACUUGCUGAUAGAGGAGGUUCUUCCAGCCAAUAUUUCAACCAACGCGCUGGAGUAGCUGGAGGUGAUGACCAAAGUUCCGCCCAAUUAAUUGGUAAACUUGUUGGAGUUACUCUUGGAAACUCUUAUCAAGGUGCUGCUGAAAAUUCUGCUCAGUAUUAUAAUCAAGAACAUGGCAACAAUUUUGCUGAGAGUUAUCUAGGAACUGCAAGAGUUAAUGUUUCUACAGAAAUCAUUGAUUACAACGCUGGUAAUAAUGUUCCUACGAUGAUCGAUUCUGGCGAACAUUAUUCAUCAGAUUUUAUAAAUGGAUUACAAGGAUCGGCAGGACUUUCUAAUCAGUAUAGAAACCAUCAACAACAGGAAAAUAACCAAUAUUACUCUGCAGGCAGUCAAAUAGUUUAUGGACAACAAGAAGGAAACUUGGCGGAACUCGAAAAUUCUGCAAAGUAUGGAGCGAAAUCCCAUCAAACAUUUUUACAGUAUCAAGAAAAAACUACAAAUGAAGCUCGGUAUCUCAACGAAAUGGGACUUGGAACAUUUGGAAGCGGCACUAUUGGAAAUAUUAAUAUUGUUGGUGGAGGAUACUCUGCUGUUGGAGUUAGUGAUGGAGUACAAAUUUCCAAUAAUGGAGGAAAUAUUAAUUUGGUGUCCGUUACUCCUUCGCCCAUUCCUAUAUCAACUGAUCCAUCAAUUCCCAUCGUCAGUUCUGUACCAAUACCAACGAUUAAAUCAGAUACAACUUUCCAAAGCAAGGGGGGAGUUGUAGCCAACGUUCCACAGUUACAGUACAAGGUACGAACAACAGCUACUCCAUCUUCUCAGUACAUAAUUAAAGAGAAAUUGAAUCCGACUUUAAUUCUGCAAUCUGCCAAAUUACAACCUAAACCAAUUUCUAUUAUACAAUCUGCUCAACAACAAUUAGGCGGAUAUGUUUAUGAAAAACCAACAAUCACGUUUGGAGAAAAAACUGUAGGUCAACUUGCUGUUUCCCCUGUUAAUUUCCAAAAACAAGAUUCAUCUGGUGGAUAUAUUUAUGAAAAACCGUUAGUUGCCUUUGAAGAAAAACCUGAGGUAUAUAUUUUUUCAACUCCAAGAACAGUUGUCAAACAAAAAGUUAUUUCCUCUACACCAAAACCUUUCGCAGUAUCUGGUGGAUAUAUUUAUGAAAAACCGUUAGUUGCCUUUGAAGAAAAACCUGAGGUAUAUAUUUCUUCAACUCCAAGAACAGUUGUCAAACAAAAAGUGAUUUCCUCUACACCAAAACCUUUCGCAGUAUCUGGUGGAUAUAUUUAUGAAAAACCGUUAGUUGCCUUUGAAGAAAAACCUGAGGUAUAUAUUUCUUCAACUCCAAGAACAGUUUUCAAACAAAAAGUGAUUUCCUAUACACCAAAACCUUUCGCAGUAUCUUCAACUGUCAAGCCAAUUGCUAAUCAACAACCUGUUCUAACAUUCUCUACUCCAAGACCGUUCACCCUUUCCACUAAUUACGAUUAUAGAAAUAUCGCACAAACAGUAAGUUACAGUUACCCUAAAUCUGUUCUUCCAUUUGUGGAAAAGACUGAUGUCAAAAUAGAACCUACAGUUCAAACUUAUCAAUCCAUAUUUGAUCAAAAGAAUGUUGAGCAAAAACAAUCUGCCAUAUUUUACAAUUACAAACAGCAAGAGCAAAAACUAGAACCUGUUGUACAAACUUACAAAGUGAAACAACAAGGAUACAUCUAUGAAAAACCUAGUGUUGAAUUUGAAGAGAAGCCUACUGCGACUUAUCAACAAAUCGAUCUUAGUGUCGAUAAGGUUAAGCCUAUUGUUGUUCAACCGGUACAAUCCGUUCAGCCAGCUGUUGUGCAAACGUUCCACCACCAACAGCCUACUGUACAGAAAGCAGUAAUUGAAAAGCUGGGGAUCCAAUAUGAGAAACCUGAUAUUGUGUUCCAGGAAAGACCAAAAUCUACAGUAAUUUCUUCGUUUCAUAUUCAACAACCUACUGCACAGACCGUACAAGCUCAAGAGAAUGUCCAAACAGUGGAUAUUAAAGAGGGGCCUACAAUUGCACAAACGUUGCAUAUCGAACAACCUACCGUAGAAACUGUCAAAUCUGUAAGCUAUGGAUAUGCUAAACCGGCUAUUAAAUUCGGAGAUAAGCAUUUAUCUUUACAAACGGCACAUAUUCAACAACCUGCGGAAACUUUAGGUUAUUACAAGUAUCCAGCUACACAGAAAACAGUUUAUCAAAACAUCGUUCCUUUGGUUCAGCAGCAACCUGAUGUGUUCACAACCUACUCCUAUCAAAAACCUGCAGUUACUAAAUACACUUAUAAAGAUGUAGUGCAACAAACGUAUAUCGCACCAACUUCCACCACAUUAAGACCUGUCGUAGCUUAUGUUUCAAGUACAGUUAUACCUGUUGUUGACGGAUAUCAUUAUCCUAAACCUAGCACAACCUUCGUAGAAGAGCCGAGACCGAUCGUAACAGAGGCCAAGAAACCUGUUUUUUCCACCUAUAAUUACGUACAUCCAACAACUUCGAAACCACUUGUCGAGGAACAAUCUGUCGUCACUGAGUUCAAGAAACCUACUGUGGUAACACAAUACAGUUACGUAGCUCGACAACCUAAACCAGUUGCCAUACAACCCAUUGUGAAUGAAUACAAGAAACCUGUAAUUGUCUCCCAUUAUAGUUUCGUUGCUCCACAACCUAAGCCAAUUACUGUACCGUCUGUGCAGCCUGUGGAGUAUAAAAAACCUGCGAUUGUAACACAGUACAAUUAUGAAACGCCCCAGGUGCAAUCAGUUGUUGCACAACCGGUGCCUUCUGUCGCAAUAGAGCGCGAAAAACCUGCUGAUAUAUCUAGUUACAAUUAUGUUUAUCCUUCAACGCCAAAACCUCAAGUUUUGGAGGAACAGUCGGUAGAAGCCGUUAAUUACGUCACAACAUCGACACAAAAACCGUUUGUGUACGAAAAUAAAAUCGAAUUCCGAGGAUACGAGUAUCCAAAGCCUGAAGAUCAGUUGGAAACGAUUCAACCAGUGCAAGAAGUACCGUUUGUUAAAAAGAAGGUUUACGUAACCGGUUCGAGAAAAUUCCAAGGAUACACAUAUGAGAAACCUAGAAUUAAAUUUGAGGAACAACCUAUCGUUGUCGAAAAUUAUGCAGUACCAAAAAUCAAACAAUUUAGUUCUUCCGUCGACACUUCGAACUUUUAUUUCAUCAACAGAGCUAAAGGUAUAAGAUAUAGCACUACACCUGUUUAUCAAGAGGAAUAUAUUCAGUCGACACCAAGACCCACAUUUAGUUCUACGAUUAAUGCUAUCGUUGCAGCUAAACUUCCCGCUGUUACGCCGAAGCCAGUAAUAUUAUACGGAAGCUCAGAACAAGCUGUGGAAACAGUUACCACCAGUAGACCGAUUGUGAGGUAUUCCUUCAGCAGUUUGGACGAAAUGUAUCAACCUAAUAAUAAAUUAGAGUAUUUGCCUGUUAAAACUAAAGUGAGAGUUAGCACGAUUCCUAAAUAUGGGGAGACUUAUAUACCAGAAGUUAGCAGCCCGACAAUUGAUUAUUUACCUGUCAGUACUACCCCUAAUUAUGUAAAAGUACCAGAAGUUACAAGUUCAAAAAUUAACUACGUACCUGGCAAAACAAAUGUCAGAGUCAGUACUACUCCAAAAUACGUGGAAGUUGUUCCUGAUUUUACCAGGGAAUACUUACCGGUAAAAACUAGAAUAGGAGUUACUACACCAAAGUACGUCGAGAUUACAAGUACGGAGGCGACAAUCCUUGCACCUACAAAGGAAUAUUUGCCAAUAGAACCAACAAAAGAAUACCUUCCAGUUACAACAACCAGACCUAAAACAGUUGUGGUACCAACCAAAGAAUAUCUUCCGGUUACCACUAAAGUACCCAACAGGCAAUAUUUACCAGUCAGAUCUAGAGUAAGAGUUUCAACUACUACCACUGAAAAUUAUGAUGACGGAGAGACGAUUGAAGUGACAUCCAGAAGACCUGUUAAGGUUGUGAAGGUGAUACGACCGAAGGUUAAAACUAUUAUCAAACAGAACGACAUGCAUCCACUUUUGUCUGCCAAAUUGGGAGCACAGUGCACUUGCGUUUCAAACACCUUGAGACUGAGAAAAAAGAAACCACAAAAGAUAAUAAUUGUUGAAGAAGAAGAUGAUGACAGCAACGACGAUGAUGAUGAUGAUCAGAAUACUGACGAAUAUCUCGUGAAGGAUGAUGCUGAUGACAACGAAGACAAUUCCGCAGGUAUUAUCGUAGAAGAUUACAAAUACGAACCUAAGAAGUUAGUGACAUCGACUCCCGAGGUAAAUGUUUCCAGCACUUCUGCAACUGUUGUCUCUUCGAGCCCCGAGUACAAAGUUAGAAAACGUGUACGUGUUAGACCCGUAAGCACCACACAAGCUUCCGAGGUUUUCAUCAAAAGUACCCUAACUCCUGUCGUAAAAAUCAUAAAGACUGUUGAAUCAAAAUCCAAUGAAUCUUCAGAAAAAGAGAUAGUAAAAGGGAUACGCACCGGUCUUAAAUUGGUAAAACAAGCUGCUAAGGAAGGUGUCAAAGAAGGCAUAGAAGAAACUAUAAGCAAAAACUUUGAUAGAUACGGUCCUGGGGGACUCAGGAGCAGAUCUGAGACUCUUCAGGGUACGAUCGAUUGUCAAAGAGCGGGUCUUUUCAGACAUCCGACCCAAUGUAACAAAUUCUACACGUGCAGGUGGGAUUGUACAAAGAAGAAAUUCACUUUGCACGUAUUCAAUUGUCCGGUACAUUUAACCUUCGAUAGUAGUUUGGGGGCGUGCAAUUGGCCAAGUCAAGGGCCAGCUUGUUUGGAGAACACUCUUUUGCCCAGUGAAUAAUUUGGCUGGGGUCGUUCUCCAAUUUAGUUAUUUAUAGUUUAUUGAACAUGUUCAUUGAUGUUUGUUUUUAUUUAUUGCGCCACUUCAUCCCUGGUAGUUAUCAUUUGUAGGUCUUAUUUAUUGGUUUUACGUUUUAAGCACAUUAUAUAGCCUUGCCAUUUUUAUUUAUAUUGUAUAUUAAAAAUUGUAUUAUAAGAUGUAUAAACAUUAUAUUUAAUAAUAAACGAUUUAAACAUA